AUGGUGGAUAUCCUUCUGACGGACCCACAGAAGCGGCGACUGAGCGAGUGGCGGUAUCGGUCCCAGGGACGGACACUUACGGACGUUGUCUUUGGCCCUCUGUGGGACGUGCUUGUCCGACUCGUGCCGGCGACGGUCGCACCGAAUGUGCUCACCUUGGCUGGCCUCCUCUGUGUCUUGCCUCGCGGCAUCGAUGGCCGCCACGCCCGGGCCACACGCAACGACUCGCCGCUGGGCGAGCUCUUCGACUACGCUUGCGCCAACCUCGGUGGCAUCUUCCUCGCCCUUACCCUCGCCUAUGUCGCCGGGGUCACCCAAACCUCCACGCUGUGGUACAUGUCGCAGGCCUUUGGCCUUGCCUAUCUGCUCUGGCAUCUCCGCGGCCUCGCCACCGGCACCCUCCACUGGGGCUUCACCACCGGCCCGGGCGAGGCUCUUUUUGCCAUCAUCGCCUUUGUCGCCACCCGCGCCAUUGUUGGCGUUGAUGCCGUUGCCGCGGCCUGGUCGCACGCGGUUGACGCGGUCCUCGUUCCGAGCAUCAACGCUGUUGCCCACUGGGCUGCCACCGUGGACAUCUCGGUCGCCGUCGGUGCUACCAAGGUCGCCUACGUCGAGGCGGCUCGCCUUCGGGCGCUGGAGCUGCUGCAAGAUACCGAUGCGCUGCUCGAGGCUGUCGCCUUUGGCGUCUACGUCGUCCUGGUUGUCAGCGUUGCUGUCUACGCCGUACUUGCGAUCCCCAGCGAGCGGUCGGCGACCCGCAACGGCAUGCUGCUCUGCCUCCUCUACGGGGCCCUGAUGCCGUCGCUUCACUCGUGGCUUAACGCCUCGCUCUUCAUCGAGCCCGGCGACGUCUCGCUCCAUGCCAUCAUCUUUGACGGUGCCAUGCUCUCGGUCCUCACCACCGACGUGGUUGUGGCCAAGAUGGCCGGCCGCGACCUGCACCCGUGGGUGGUUGUCUUCUUUAUGGUCGGCUCGUUCGACCACUUUGUGUGUGGCGCGCUCGCUGGCGCCUACUUUGUGCUCAUCUUUUGGGAGGUGUGCGAGGCAACCCACCUCCCGAUGUUUACCACCGUCAUCAACGUCUACGUCGACGGCGUCUACGACCUCAUGCACUACGGUCACCUCCGCGUUCUGCGCGCUGCGCUCUCGUUCGGCUCGCACCUCAUCGUUGGUGUCGUCGGCGAUGCCUCCGUCAACCAGUACAAGCACCGCACCCCGGUCAUGUCGCUCGACGAGCGCGUUUCCGCCGUCCGCGCCUCGGGCCUCGCCACCCGAGUCAUUCCGGACUCGCCGUGCUUUGGCCUCUCUGAAGAGUUCAUCCUUGAGAACCACAUCCACCUCGUGGUCCACUCGGUCGAGUACGAGACGGAAGACGACAUCUACUACCGCGUCCCGCGUGCCAUGGGCAUCACACGUGUCCUCCCGCGCACCGAGGGCAUCUCCACCUCGGAGCUCAUCCGCCGCAUCCGUACCCGGGACGAUCUCUAG